AGAUACGCUACGACUACGACCUACACAACCACCACUACACCCACAAAUUUCAUCUCUUCCCGCUUUACUUGUUCUCUCACGUUUAUCCAGCUGCGUCGUCGUUGACUAAAAAGCAUUUUGUACGCGCGAGGAGAUAAAGACCGAGUAGAGUAGAGACGAAAGACCGCGAGGACUUUGUUCCCGGUGUAUUUUAUUUUUAUUUUUUACAAAUAAAUUUAUUAUUACAUAAUUCAGUACAACAACAACAACAACAACAAUAAUAAUAUUUAAAAAUAAUAAUAAAUAAAUAAUUUAAAUAAAAAGAAAACCAACAAUACAAGAAUGGUGGGAAUAGAUAGGAAUUAAAAAUAAAAGCUAAGGGAUUAUGUGAGGGAGAAAUAAUAAAUCAUCAACAUUGAGUGUCAAUGGUGUCUUCGCGGUGGUCUACGUGUGUUGCGUCACGUUAAAACAAAGUUAAAUAAUAAUUCAAUAUAUUCAAAUAUAAAUAUAAAUAAUAAAAAUAAAGAGAUCAAAAGAGAGAGGACGGGGAUGUCCUCGCGCGUACGUUAAUGCGUGUGUCUGUGGUUCACUGGUGCCUGUGUAAUCCAACAUACAUAUACAUAACAACGAGAUUUAAUAAGAGUGUACAGUGCCCGUGAGUGGUUUCCAGAGUUUAAAUAAUAAGACAUCGAGGCUUGGAUUCAAACCUACCGAGACAAUGGAAAUCUUUUGGCUCUGCUCCGUUUUUCUUAUUCUUGGGACUAAUUUCGGUUCAUGUGCGAGGAAGAAAGGACACAAUUAUUAUGGAGUAGAGAUAGGAAAAUUAAAAUCAUAUGCGCACAGUAUAAAAGGGAUGGUAUAUGUAAUUGAUGAGUCAACGAUAUUCAUAAAGGGGUUUUCGUAUGAUGGAACGGCACCUGAUGUAUUUUUCUGGGUCGGAAAUACGACGGCACCCAGUCCAAUGGGUGAAAUUGUUCCUUAUCCAGAAGAUUACACUGGCAGGGAACCACAGGUACUGAAGGCCUAUCACAACGCAAAUGUCAUUCUGAGGCUGCCGCAAGGAAAGAAAAUACGUGACAUCAAGUGGCUCAGUGUUUGGUGUCGAAGAUUUACCGUGGACUUUGGAGACAUACAAAUUCCCCAAAAUAUUGACAUACCGCGACCUCGAGUGCUGCCAGAGUUUUCUCGUUUGGCUCACGGACUCCGCAGUGGCAACAUAAGUAUCCUAGAUAGCAAAACCAUAUACAUACCCAACCUACAUUACGACGGUGCUGGACCCGAUGCCUACUUCUGGGUUGGAACUGGGCCAGAGCCCAACACAAUGGGCUUCAAAGUUCCCAAUGAAGUUGGAGGAGUGACAAAGCUUAGAGGCUACCAAGGAGAGGAUAUUGAAAUUGUUCUACCGGGAAAUUUAACUGUCUUUGAUAUCGAUUGGCUCUCUGUUUGGUGUGUACAGUACAAGCAUAAUUUCGGGCAUGUGUUAAUACCAAAAGAUCUUGAUGUACCGCCUGCACUUGGACAAACAAAGAUUACGCCGCCGUGGUGGUAUAAUCCAACAAGCAGCAGUCCACCAAUAUCAGCACCAAUGCCACCGACAACUUUAGGUGAAUUGAGCAAUUGCAAGGAAAUGUUAGAGGGCAGAGUUCAAGUCCAGUGGGAGUUAAUGGGCGAGGAUGUUCAGAUCCGUGUAUCAGGACGUAUAAAUGAGAAUCAGUAUGUCGCGUUUGGAUUGUCGGGACGUGAAGGCAAAGCACAAAUGACCGGCGGCGAUGUCGUGGUCGUUGGCUACGACAAAAGAAAAAAAAAGUUUAUUGCUGAGGAUUACUACAUGUCGGAUCUUGCUCAAUGCGAUGGAAGAAGAGGCGUUUGUCCAGAUGAACGUAUCGGCGGUAAAAACGACGCCGUUCUCGUUUACGGCGAACGUAAAAAUGACGUAACUACAGUGGCCUACAUGAGACCAUUGAGAACAAAUGAGCCAGAAAAAGAUCGUAUGAUACCAGAAAGCGGUGAAACGAGUGUAAUAGCAGCAAUAGGAACACUGAACGACCGUGGGGAAGCAAAUGCCCAUUGGGCUGGUGAUAAAACUGACGAAGACAUUCGAAUUGACUUUUCAUCUAAGAAUGUACAAGAGUGUAUAAAUUCACUGUACGAUAUCCCUAAAGAACCGAAAGCUGAGUUGGAUCCGUGGCCGGUGGAAACGAUAAUUGAUGAGAGCAAUUUGACUGCGCGUAUUGGUCCCACUGGUGGAAAUAGAGGAUACUCGAUAAUAACCGGUCAACCUUCUUGGGGAAUCGCUUGGUAUAUAAAUGACAUGCUGAUACCUGAGAUAACAGUGGAACGUGAACAAACAUACACUUUCAUCGUCGAGGGUGGCAGUGAUUCGACAAAUCCCGCGCGUUAUCAUCCGCUAUAUAUUACUGCCAGUCCUGAAGGUGGCUUUGGACAAAAGACUGAGCAACAACAAAAGGAAGAAAAAGUUUUUGCUGGUGUUGGCUGGAACGAUGAGGGCUAUCCUUAUCCUACGGCAGCGGGACGCUAUUGUGAGUGGGCACAUCAGACUGUUGAUAUGAGUGAAAAUUCAUUAACCUUCGCCAGCUUCUUUGACACUCUGAGACUUGAUUGUGAUCAGGGAGAACCUGCUAAACUUGUUUGGACUGUUACACCUGAUACACCUGAUCUUGUUUAUUACCAGUGUUAUACUCACAAAAAUCUAGGUUGGAAAAUUCACGUUAAAGAUCCAGGAUAUAAAUCUCAAUUGAAAGGCACAUCAGACAGUUUAAUGCCAGCCUCACUCAUUACACUCCUUAUAAUCACUGGCAUUCAUACACUUCUCAGAUGAAUCGUCUCAAUUUAAAAUCCACUCGCGUUAUUAAAAUUAACAAAACGACCGCCAAAUUUCAAUAAAAAAAAAAAAAAGUAAUAAUAAAAUAAAAAGACGUACAAUUAAAACUGAUUAAAAAAUAAAUAAAAAUAAAGCUAUAAUAAAAUAAAUGACAAAAAGAAAGAGCAAUUACCGGUGAAAUUAAAACUAUGAAAGAUAAAAAAAAACACAAGGUUGUAAGAAAGUAUUUAGCUAUUAAGGAAUUUAAUCUUACGCAAGAGAUUAGCAGAUAUUUUUAAGACCUAUCAGAUUCAAUAUUUCAUAUAUUACUAAUAAUUAAUAAUUAAUAAUAAUAAUAAAUAAAUAAAACAAAACAUAUGUAUACAUUUAAAUAGGAAUGAACGUCCGUUUAAAAAUAUAUAGGAAGGUUAAGUAAUCGAUUUAAUAAUAAAUUAAUAAAUGACAAUAAUUUAAUAUCGAGAUCAUGACAAUAAUUAUAAAUUGAUCGGAGUUAUUAAAAAAAAUUAAAUUACAAUACGACGAAAUCGUGACAAUAAAACAAAUAUUUACAAAAAUAUAAAAACCUUCCUAUGAAAACGUAAAAUACGGGCAAUUUAAAAAUAAAUAAAAAUUUAUAGAAAGUAUUAGGAUAAUUAUACAUCUUUUAACGCGUGUAUGUAUACAUAAAUUUCAUACUUGUAUUUAAAAUAAAAAUUUAUUUGAAACGAGCCAUUUUCUUAGGCUCGAUAGGGUCGGAGGGUUGUAACCGGUGUAAAUUUUGCACAAAGUAUUAGGAAAAAAAAAAGUAAAGUAAUAUUAAUAACUAUUAAAAUAAUAAACGAUUUUAAAAACAAUUAUUUUGUAAAUCAGUAUAGUAUCUAUUAAUAAUUAAUUGAUAAAUUAAUAAAUGAACAAUAAAAUGCUGUCUGUUUGACAAUAAUGAAAUGUAUGAUAAUAAUUAAUACUUAAAUUUUACGGAUACGUAUCAUGUAAGAGUGAAAGAAUUGUAUGUUAAGUGUAAUGUAAACUCUGACAAUACUAACAAGCUAUUAAUGUUAAUCAUUCAUUUUUAUGUUCAUUGGAAGUAAAAGAUUAAGAAAUUGAGUGAAGAUUUUACGGUUGAUUUUUUUUUAUUAUACUUCGAUUUCAGAGUAAAUUUAAAAAUUAAAUAUUUUAUUUUAAUUUUGAGUAUGAAGUAUAAUAAUUAAAAGUAUAAAGAAAAUCGGGGCAGAAAACUUAAAAAAAUUUGUUAAGUUUUAUAAAAAUUUUCCGUUUGAACUUUCAAGUUAUAGAUUAUUAUUCAAUUUUACUAUGAGGCAUUAAAGAAUUUAGUUACUAGAGUUAAAAUAAAAAAAAAAGCUUCAAUAUUACGCGUGACUAGUGAGCCGAAAACAAAAUAACCGUAAAUGUAAUUCGGAUAUUAAUUAUCAGUGACAGUUUAUAGACUAUAAUAUUGUUAGUUUUAAAAUAGUUAUACACAUAUGUUGCUUUUAAAACCCGAAUAAAUACGGUUUUAUAAUUUUCUAUUGCGUAUAUUUAAUAACGAUACAUUUUGCCUGAAAAAUUGGAAAAAUGUUUUUUUUUUUUAUUCCGGUCAUUUUGACACUCGGUUAUUUUUGUUGCGGUUAUUUUAUCCUCGGGUCAAAUGAUACAGGACCUAAUAUGAGUAAAAUACUAAAUUCUUGUGAAAAAAUGAUAGCAUCGGUUCGUGUUAGAGCAGGUGACGCUAACCUAAAUUUUUACUGUACUGUAAAAUUACACCUAACAGUCAGGGUUGCCAAUUGAAUUUUUUUUUUUUUUUUUUUUUUUUUUGGAUAGAAGCGAUCAAAAUGUAGAACAUUUUGCAAAAUAAGAUCCGGGAAGCUUCAAAUUUUAAGUAAUGUAAUAAAAUGAGCGACUUUAUAGUACGUUAUUUUUUUUUGUUCUACUCAAGGAAACUCUAAAUUUUUAUAAUGAUUAUUAUUAGCUUAUAUUCUUAUCAGAAAUAACGCAAAUAUAGUUUAUAAUAAAAUUAAGUAAUUAAAUCUUAUGCUCAAUGAAAUCAUAAAAAUUUUUUCGUUAUUUAGCGUUCAAAAGCCAAAUGUUAAAAAAAACAACAGAAAAAAAAGUCUGACCGAACUAUUUCAGAAAUUCCAAAAAUUAGGGCAUGUUCAGGGAAACCCGAAGAAUGGCAACCAAACCUACACAGAAAAAAAAUUGUUUGGCUCAUAAAAAUUUUUCUUGAGCCAAGAAACUUCUGAAGACAUGGAAUUUUUUUACUUCCCUCAAGAAAAUCUCGAGGGAAGUAAAAAAAAUUCCUUGGAUUUUAAAUCUUGAACAAAGAAAAAAUAUUUUUGACUCAAUAAAUCUUCAAAAUCGAUUCAACAGUUGAGUAUUUUAGUUAAAUAAUUUAAAUUUCUUGAUUUAAUAAAUGUUAUUCCUUACUGUAAUAUAUUUAUUAUUUUAACCAAAAAAUAUAAAUGUUCAGUACAAGAAAGUAACAAUGUUCAAUAAAGUAAUACGAUGUUUUGAAUCAAUAAAAAGUGAUAACUUGAACUAAAAUACAAAUCUUGAGCCAAGAGUACUGCGGGCUUCGGCGUGCAAUAUAUUUUACAAGAAGUAUUUGAAAAAUUUUGGAUAGCUCUAGUUUCAGUAUCGAUCGCUACAUAAAUUUUAUGAAAAAAGUUAAACCGUACCCUCGUGAAAGUUAAAGAUUUUUAUU